GUAACUUUUUUAUCGGAAUGUUUCAUAAAUUGGGUACCUCAAAUAUUGAUUAAAAUUAUCAAUGUUUUGGUGUAGUUAAUUUAAUUGAUUUAAUAAAUGUCAAAAUUAUUUCACCUAUUUCAAAUGAAUCGAAUUCCACAAAUGGAGAAUCGGACAAAAAGUGGGGUUAUAUGAAUCACACUAAAAUGUUUAAUAAAUUGGGUAAUUUAAGUGUUAAUUUCGGGAAAUUGGCCCUCAGAUCAUUAAAACACCCCAAAAGUGCCUCCCCUGGGAGUGAUUUGGUGAGAUGUAUUUCGGUUUUGGCCCCCAAAAGGGGCCUUAUGGAAUUUUUCGACGAUGAGAAGAACUGGGGGGCGACGGAGGUCAAAAGUGGCCGGUCGUGGAACAAAGAAGAGCUGCGACUGAAAUCAAACACUGAUCUGCAUAAACUUUGGUACGUUUUACUGAAAGAACGCAACAUGUUGUUGACCAUGGAACAGGAGGCCAAAGACCAAACUCAGUUAUUUCCAAGCCCUGAGCGUUUAGACAAAGUUGAGGAGUCGAUGGAGAAUUUGGAAGCUGUAGUGAGGGAGAGAAACGUUGCUUACCACCAGUUAGAGAGGGGCGAAACGGGCGAAAGGCCGGGGAAAGUGAGAACUGGCCCCCUUGGAUUGAAAUCCUAUGACAAAAUGCGUCAGUACACAAUACCCCAAUUUAUGAACAAAAAGCACCGCGAGACGCAUGAAGAAUAUCGCCCCAAUAGAGACGCUGAAGAUUUCUUAUUAAAAUACAGAGAAAAACUCUAUUUGACUAAGAGGAGACAACAAAGGCGGGAUUUCAACCACGUUGUUGGCUUGCUCAAUAGAUUCCCAAAUAUGGACAUGCAAGCUCUUAAAGAACAAUACCCCGAUGUUGACAUAGAAAAAGCCAAAGCUAGUAGAAAACACAGAGGCCACUUUAUCCCAAAAUAACGUAAAAUAUGUUUGAAAUAAAAUUCAGUUUAAUUGGU